CACCAUGGAGGUCGAGAUGCCACAGGACCUGAUAGACAUUCUCUGGAGGCAAGAUAUCGAUCUUGGAGUCAGGCGUGAAGUUUUUGAUUUCAGCCAGAGGCAAAAGGAAUAUGAGCUCGAGAAACAGAAGAAACUUGAAAGUGAGAGGCAAGAACAGCUCCAGAAGGAACAAGAAAAAGCUUUUCUAGCUCAGCUGCAGUUGGAUGAGGAAACUGGUGAAGUUGUUCCUAUCCAGCCCGCUCAAGCCAUUGAACCAGGAAACACAGAUCUAUCCAGUAACUAUCCACAGAGUACCCACAUUUCCAGACAAGAUGCAGAUGACUUGUCCUUCGAUGACUGUAUGCAGCUUUUAGCAGAAACAUUCUCCUUUGUAGACAACACUGAGAUUUCAUUGGUUGAAUUUCAACAAGUGGUACCAACCAAGACUGAGAGCAACCAAGACUUUGUGGAUUCUAAUCCGAUACAGUCCGAUGACUCCUCUGGCCUUCAGCCUUCCAUUCCAGAGUCAGCUGAUGCCGAGGGCUUGCAAGAUAUAGAACAAGUCUGGAAAGAACUGUUGUCUAUUCCAGAGCUACAGUGUCUUAACAUUCAAAACGACAGUUUGGCUGAAGUAACCUCAGGCACGUGUUCAGACCACACAGCACUGGAGGCAGAUAUUAAUUUCGCCUUCUACACUGAGCUCCCCACCAUGGAGAAAGAAGCCGCUAGCUGCAGCCUAGAGUUUCUGAACCAGUUGGAGCCUUCCUAUCCCAGCAGCGCACUGCCUGACAAUCUCAAGCAAGAUACCUCUUCAUCCAUGAGCACGGACUUUGUUGAGGAUUUCUACCCUUUUGCUGAUGUCAAGAUGAGCAGCGACUUGUCUCUGACGCCACCACCAUUUGUGGAUCAAGUGUCGGCUAGCUUUUUAAACGAGCCUAUUGAACUUUCCGAUUUUGCCCUGUGCAAAGCUUUUAACCGCGAUCUGGCAGGAAACGCACUGGAAUGCAACGAUUCAGACUCCGGCAUUUCGCUCAACGCAAGUCCCAGCUUAACUUCAUCACCUUAUUCUGUCGAGUCAUCUGCCAUCUACAGAGACGCAGGCUUCGGCUACAGUGAUUCUGAAAUGGAAGAGAUGGAUAGCGCCCCUGGGAGUGUCCAGGGAAGCAAUGCUCAAAUGCACUCCUUCCACUCGCACACACUGCCCUCUCUGUUUCUCGAACAAAAUCCACAGCAGGCAGACUCACAACUUACAGACACCCCCAAAAAGGAAUCACCCGUAAACCCAGGUCAACCCAAGUCUCCGUUUGUGAAAGACAAACAGAACGGCCAGCACGACGCUCAUUUCACCCGAGAUGAGCUCAGAGCGAAGGCUCUGCACAUCCCUUUCCCCGUCAAAACCAUCAUCAACCUCCCCGUGGACGACUUCAACGAAAUGAUGGCCAAGGAGCAGUUCAGCGAGGCCCAGCUGGCUCUGAUUCGGGACAUCCGCAGGCGAGGCAAGAACAAAGUGGCUGCGCAAAACUGCCGGAAAAGGAAACUGGAAAACAUAGUGGAGCUGGAGCACGACUUGGGUUAUCUUAAGGACGAGAGAGAGAAGCUCCUUCGAGAGAAAGGAGAGAAUGACCAAAGCCUGCGCCUGCUGAAGAAGCAGCUGAGCACCCUCUAUCUUGAGGUCUUCAGCAUGCUCCGGGACGAAGACGGCAAGCCAUACUCGCCGAGUGAUUAUUCGCUGCAGCAAACCAAAGACGGCAGCAUCUUUCUCGUUCCAAAGAUCAAGAAGCCAGAGACUAAAUGACGGGGAUCGG